AUGCGCCCGAAGGAGCAGGGGCAGGGAUGUGCCGGAAACCCCGCGGCGGUCACUCCCGCAGCCGAUUCCGCUCCGGAGCCCUCGACCGAACCCGAACCCAGCUCUACGCAGGCAGCGGGAGCUGGACCGGGAGCCGGAUCACGAGGAGUUCCCGGGUCGCAACCUGGGACUAAGUCUCGAUCCCAGCGCCCGACUGCGUUCUUUGCAGAGCACGGGGAUGUGCCCUGGACCCGCUUCAUAUUCCAAGGGCCCUUCGGCCCCCGGGCCACAGGCCUGGGAACUGGCAAGGCAGCGGGCAUCUGGGAGACGCCAGCCGCCUACAUUGGCCGGCGGCCUGGGGUGUCUGGCCCUGAACGCACCGCUUUCAUCCGGGAGCUGCAGGAAGCACUGUGCCCUGACCUACCCCCACCCAAGAAGAUCACCCAAGAUGACAUCAAAGUGAUGCUGUAUUUGCUGGAGGAGAGAGACAGGGACCUGAACACGGCGGCCCGCAUCGGCCAGUCCCUGGUGAAGCAGAACAGUGUUCUGAUGGAGGAGAACAGCAAGCUGGAAGCCAUGCUGGGCUCAGCCCGGGAGGAGAUUCUACACCUCAGGCAGCAGGUGAACCUGCGAGAUGAUCUUCUUCAGCUCUACUCAGAUUCUGAGGAUGAGGAUGACGAUGAGGAGGAGGAGGAGGAUGAAGAGGGAGAGGAGGGACAGGAGGAGGAAGAGGAGGGAGAGGAGGAAGAAGAGGAGGAGUUGGAAGAGGAAGAAGAACCAGAAGAAGAGGCUCGGCGGCAUGACCAUUCCUAUGGCGCCCCCAGGCCGCCCCCUCCGGAGGAGCCGCUGCACCACUGCCCACAGCUGGAGGUCUUGCAGCGGAAGCUGAGGCUGCUGGAGGAAGAGAAUGACCAGCUGAGAGAGGAGGCCUCCCACCUGGACACCCUGGAGGAUGAGGAGCAGAUGCUCAUCUUGGAGUGUGUGGAGCAGUUUUCUGAGGCCAGCCAGCAGAUGGCUGAGCUGUCCGAGGUGCUGGUGCUGAGGCUGGAGAACUACGAGCGGCAGCAGAAGGAGAUCACGCAGCUGCAGGCCCAGAUCGCCAGGCUACAGCAGCGCUGCCAGUCGUAUGGGGUGGAGACCGAGAAGUGGCAGCAGUAUUCGGCUUCGGAGAAAGAAAUCCAGAUGCAGUUCCAGGAAGAGAAUGUGUGGGACAAGUACUCAGACAGCAAGGUCGUGUGCCACGAGGAGACGAAGACCCUCCACGAGCAGCCUCCGAUGUCCACUGGCUCUGUCAGCCACUUUGCGUACAGCCUGCCUAUGGGGGUGCUUUCUGGCCUCCCAGCCGCCCUGGUUAAUGAGCUUAAAAUCUCUAUUGGGAAGAUGGUUUCACACCCCAGCUAUUUCACCAACAGGGAGCAGCGCGCACAGGCACGGGGUUAUCAAGCGGAAGAGGAGGAGGAAGAAGAUGAGGAGGAAGACGCGGAGGAGGAGGAGGAAGAGGUGGCAGUGCAGGAGGCCGUGCCUGUGGAUUUCGAGCCGGUGGAGGAGCUGGGGGCGGCAGAAGAGGUGGGGCCCUCUGAGGAAGGGGCGGCCCAAGAGGCAGAACUGGUGUCUGAGGAGGUGGAGGCCUGGGAGGAGGUAGAGCCGGAGGUGGAUGAGGCCACACGCAUGAAUGUGGUGAUCUCAGCCCUGGAGGCCAGUGGCCUGGGUCCUUCGCACCUGGACAUGAAGUAUAUCCUCCAGCAACUGGCCAGCUGGCAGGAUGCCCACUAUAGGAGGCAGCAAAAGCAGAAGGUGCCUCCGCAAGGUGAGUGCUCCAGCAGGGGCCUCCCUCCUUCUAGCCGGACCAGCUGCAGGUCUUCAAGCCGAUAAGAGGGGAGGGGAGUG